GACGGAGGCAGGAAAUAAAGAGUCGAAACCGCAUUUAAUCUUUCUGGACAGUUUGGAGAAAAAAAUGUUUCGAUGCUCCGCAGGCACAUCCCCUCACGCAUCGUUUUCUCGCCUGAUCAUUGGAAUACGAAGUCUUGGGAAACCCGCAACACGGUCCACUUAAGCAUUUGGAACAGUUAGCCUUUUUUUCCUUCUGCAACGGAGUUUCUAAAAUAUUAUUUCAUGUUAAAUUAUCUUCAUCUUUCGGGAAAGGUUGCUCGCGGACUAUGACACGGUUUAUGGAUAAAACCCAAUAAAGAUGCGUGACAUGGUUGCCCUAAAGUUUUCUUUAUUAAUUUAAAAAAACAGGAUUUAAUUAAUACGGGUUUGGGAUUAUUGCCCGUGCAUUGUACCAUAACUGCUCCGACGCAUACGGACAAGAUCAAUAUAAUAAUUCUUUUUUUUCCCAGACUAAUGCGCUCAGGUUCUGGGGAAGCUUUUUUUUGACUAGCUUGCACCGGGGCACCCAAAUGUGCGACAUGGAUGGACUGCAGGAUUGAAAGGCGGUGUGAGGUUUUUCCCCGUCCUGAGAAGCGAGCCGGAGAGCGUGCGGCGGGCAGGUGCGCCUUGCGAAGCCGGCGGAUGCGAAGGGGAAGCCGUCCGAGUGUCAUGCAGGCUGGAGCGUCAAGCGCCAGUUGCCUCUAAACCCGAGGACGGCCGCUGAUAGAUACGCGGUGAUGGGGUCUCUGGUGCGAAGCCAGUGGCUGGUGGUGCCUCUCCUGCUCCAUGCCUGGAUCCUGGCCUCCCCAAGCAGCCUCCGCGAGCGGCCUUGUCCCCGGAGUUGCCGCUGCGACGGUAAAAUCGUCUAUUGUGAGUCCAGCGCUUUCCGCGACGUGCCACAGAACUUGUCCACGGGCUGCCAGGGGCUGUCGCUCCGCUACAAUAGCCUGGCGAGCCUCCGGGCCGGCCAGUUCGCCAGCCUCGGCCAGCUGGUCUGGCUCUACCUGGACCACAACUACAUCAGCACCGUGGAUGGCCGGGCCUUCCAGGGCGUGCGGCGGCUGAAGGAGCUCAUCCUGAGCUCCAACAAGAUCUCACACCUUCACAAUGACACCUUCCACGCUGUGCCCAACCUUCGCAACCUGGACCUGUCCUAUAACAAGCUGCAGGCCCUGCAGCCGGGCCAGUUCCAGGGCCUGCGCAAACUGCUGAGUCUGCACAUUCGCUCCAACUCUCUGAAGAGCAUCCCCAUGAGGCUCUUCCAGGACUGCCGCAACCUGGAGUUCCUGGACUUGGGCUACAACCGCCUGCGAAGUCUCACGCGUAACGCCUUUGCGGGACUGCUUAAGCUGACCGAGCUGCACCUGGAACACAACCAGUUCUCCAAGAUCAACUUUUCCCACUUUCCACGUCUUAACAACCUGCGGGCGCUCUACCUGCAAUGGAACCGCAUCCGGUCCAUCAGCCAGGGCCUCACGUGGACGUGGACCUCCCUGCAGAAGCUGGACCUCUCUGGAAAUGACCUCCAGGUGGUGGACUCACAUAUCUACCAGUGCCUGCCCAACCUCCAGACCCUCAACUUAGACUCCAACAAGCUCAGCAAUGUGUCCCAAGAGGCAGUGGCUGCCUGGAUCUCACUGACUACCAUCAGUCUAGCGGGCAAUGUGUGGGAAUGCAGUUCCAGCAUCUGCCCCCUAGUGGCCUGGCUUAGGAACUUCAAAGGAAACAAGGAGACGACCAUGAUCUGCGCUGGACCUAAGGAGGUCCAGGGGGAGAAGGUGAUGGAUGCCGUGGAAGCGUACAGCCUUUGCAGAGCCACACCGGCCCCACCCGCCCAGACGCCGUCCACUCUGUCCAGCAGCCCAUCUAAACCCAAGAGGUUACCCAUCCCCACCUUGUCCAAAGUGACGGAGGACCUGUCCCGGGGUAACCAGGCCAGCCCGUCUCCCACGGGCGAUCUCUCCGCCAUGCCGGAGCAGGAAUUCGAACACGUGUCCUUCCAUAAGAUCAUCGCUGGCAGUGUGGCGCUCUUCCUGUCGGUGGCCAUGAUCCUGCUGGUCAUCUACGUGUCGUGGAAGCGGUACCCGGGCAGCGUGAAGCAGCUGCAGGAGAACUCGCUGGGCCGCAAGCGGCGGAAAAAGGCCCGUGAGACCGAGCGCACCCUCAGCUCGCCGCUGCAGGAGUACUAUGUGGACUACAAGCCCACAAACUCUGAGACCAUGGACGUGCUGGUCAAUGGGUCAAGCCCGGUCACCUACACCAUCUCGGGCUCCCGCGAAUGCGAGGUUCCGCACCAGGUGAGUGCACUGACCUUCUAUAGGUAUGAGCAGCCAGUAAUGGACUACUGCCAAGCCCACCAGCCUUUGCACCUCAACAUGGGCUUUGAGGGCCCCCCCCAGGCUUUGGAGGACCGGGGGCUACGCGAGCGCAUCGUGGUGCAGACUCUGCCCCCCACCCCCGCCUCGGCUGCCACCCUCACCCGGCCCCGCGCCUCUCCGCAGUGAGGGAGGCGGGAUGAGGUUGGGCUGCGGCUCAACAAGGGACCCAGACUGGCACAGAACUGUGGGGUGGGGGGAUGAACCUGAUAUGAAGCAGUAUGGGGUGGGGGUCGUUACUCACUUAAUCGGACUUGUGUCUCAUCUGAGGAAACCCAGUAAUGGGGGGGGGGGGGUGUUCUAGAGAACCAGAACAAUUUAUCAGUGCAAUAUGGGUGUACAAAAACAAACCAACUGAAAGCUAAUUCUGUAAAUGACAAGAUGACAAGCUGGACACUUUUCAAAUGUGUUUUUUUUUUUUUUUUUAGUUGGUAAUGAAAAUUAAAGUAUAUUUAAUUUGCUCUUCAUUGAACAGUUCCCUCACCUAAAUUUUUCGAUUAAUUAACGUAGAUGUUUCCCCAAAAGCUUGGGAGAUAAUUCAUCAAAGUGUAAAAUCAACAGCACCGAGGAGAAGACCGGGGACUGAACUGCAGAGCAGAUUAAAGUUUAACAGCCGGAGAGUCUUUUUCCUGCUGGGUCCGAAGCAGCUAACAGUUGGUGAAAACAAAAAGGCCUUUGUGAUUGUUUGAUUGUAUGGAGUGAGAUGCCCAGCGUGCGCCCGCUCACAUGACAGCAUUCUCUUACUGAUAUGUUGAUGUAUUUCUGACACAAUCUCUUUUUAUAUUGCGCUCUAUUGACACACAACAUCACCUUAAACGUCUUACCAAAGACAAGUACAUGUCUUGUUUCCCAUGUUAUUUUACGUUUAUUACAUACCUUAGUGCUGGAGGAAUGCAAUUAUACGCAGGCAAUAGAGAAGAUGCCUCGUUAAGGGCAUAUUUACAAUAACUGUCGAGCCCUUUGGGUCCUCCUGGUCCUGCUGAGAAUGUACAGGCCUUGCUGGUGCAUCUCACUUUUAAUAAUCCGACAAGUCUGCACCGUAUCUACGAGCUGAGGCAUCCGCACCCAUCUGACGCUGAACCACCCCGACCCUUGGCCAGAGGCACCGUGAGCGGCUUCGGGACUCAGUGACUGCACUGGGGUCGUCCGCUGCCCCCUGUAGACCUGCGUGUAAACUACACCGGUCCCAGGUACUCCCCGACCCCCCGAAAGACUCUCUGAAGUGAACCCUCCUCACCCGCCGUCGCUCUGUCUACUCCACCUGGAUUCUUUCAUCCCGCCAGCUCUGCUUCCCCCUACCCAUUCACCCUGCUGCACACAGCAGCCCCGCCCCCACGCCUGCGAUGGGGAGGGGAGGGCCGGCUGUCGACGCCGUUACAUUGCGGAAGGGAUUUGCCCUCUUCGAAACAGAGCUGCCCAUCUUCGGGGAAAAGAGGGGCCUCUUCAAGGCUGCAAGGGAACGCUGACACGCAUCUAAUGGAACUUGUUCGCCUUGUUAAUCUUGUAAAUAGCGAAUAAAAAAAGGGAUGUUACUUCUUCAGAAACACAAUCAUGUGCCCGCGAAGAGGAGCCUUAUCUCAAACCCAGGUGAGCCAGAACAGAAUCGUCUGAUGGAUGUUUAUUGCGAAUGGAUUUGUGUGGGGCUUUGGGAAGCUGGUGAUUGGCAAUACAGGCUUGCUGUAACAGAGAAUUCCUACUUUAUCUCAUUUUUCUAUUCCAUGUUUCAUAAGAGUCUGUUAAACCCGGGUCAAUAUGUACGGCGAGGUUUGCAUUCUGAAGGAGUGCCCAAACUUUUUGGUCAGAUUCUCCCUCACACACACCUUUAAGCCGUGCGUUCAUCAAAAAGAUGACUUUUGUUUCAAAUAUGUAUUUUAAAUAUCAUACUGCAGAUACCAUUGGCCACGUUUUUUAAAUGUGUUAUAAAUCAACUGUUUGGUUCUUAGUUCUGUCUUUGGCAGCGAGUGUUGAGUGUUUUGGAAAGAAAACGAUCAGUUAUCAUUGCUUUGUGCUCACAGUGUCUGUGUAUCUUUAUAGGCAUCUUCAAGGCAUGAUAAGACUGAAUAUAUAGCCAUAAAUGGUUUUAUACACCUCAAAAUUUAAUGAAAUAAUAUUUGAUGGGUGGAUGAAAGACGGCUGACUGGAGAUAGCAACAUCUCCCAGGUCACUGCAGAAGGUUUGGCUAAAUAUGAAGUCCAUCUUGCUUUUGAUAAUUGGCCCCCUCCUUAUUUUGUAAAGCAAAUUUCUUAUUAAUGAAUCACGUUAAUAAAUAAUGUUGUGCUUUCCGA